UGGAUUGUUGGGGGAAGCAUUGUCGCAUCUGUUUGCGAUGUGAUGAGAGUCGUUGUCCCCCGACGCGCGUUCCCAACUGUGUCCUGCGUGCAAGGGAUGCAGACGAGCACGGAAUUUGCAGCAGAUGAAGGAGUCCCUGCCGAAGCUGCACGGCGAGGAAGGUGGUGCCAACGCAAGCGGCGGACCCGAGGGGGGUGGAGCCGGGGGCGGAGCGCAGCUGCUGUCCCUGCCCCCACUCUGCAACUUCGAGCCCAUCCCGCACGACCACGACUACUGCGAGCGGGUGGUCAUCAACGUCAGUGGCCUGAGGUUCGAGACCCAGCUGCGGACGCUGAACCAGUUCCCCGACACUCUGCUUGGGGAUCCGGCCCGGCGGAUCCGCUACUUUGACCCGCUGCGGAAUGAGUACUUCUUCGAUCGUAAUCGCCCCAGCUUCGACGCCAUCCUCUACUACUACCAGAGUGGAGGCCGGUUGAGGAGGCCGGUGAAUGUGCCACUGGAUGUCUUCGCCGAGGAGAUCAAGUUCUACGAACUGGGGGAGAUGGCCUUCAACAAGUUCCGCGAGGACGAGGGGUUCAUCAAAGAGGAGGAGAGACCCUUGCCCAAGCACGAGCUGAAGCGCAAGCUCUGGCUGCUGUUCGAGUACCCCGAGAGCUCGCAGGGGGCUCGUGUGAUCGCCAUCGUCUCUGUGGUCGUGAUUCUGCUGUCGAUCUUUAUCUUCUGCUUGGAGACGUUACCCGAGUUCAAGCACUAUCGCCUCUUCAACACCACCAACAACAUGACGCGCGUCAUCGAGGACGAGGUUCCAAGAACCACGGACCCUUUCUUCAUCAUCGAGACCUGCUGUAUCAUCUGGUUCACGUUUGAGCUGCUAGUCCGAUUCCUUGCCUGCCCAUCCAAAAUGUCCUUCUGUCGGGACGCCAUGAACAGUAUCGACCUGAUGGCCAUCAUACCCUAUUUCAUAACACUGGCCACGGUGGUUUCGGGUCAGAGGCCUCAGGAACGACCCAUCAACGAGAGGGGUAACAACCAGGCCAUGUCACUCGCCAUUCUCAGGGUGAUCCGGCUAGUGAGGGUCUUCCGAAUCUUCAAACUGUCCCGACACUCCAAAGGACUGCAAAUCUUGGGUCGGACUCUGAAAGCCAGCAUGCGAGAGCUAGGAUUACUAAUCUUCUUCCUCUUCAUCGGCGUGAUUCUCUUCUCUAGCGCCGUCUACUACGCUGAAGCAGACUCUGAAAGGUCAUUCUUUAAGAGCAUACCGGACGCUUUCUGGUGGGCAGUGGUCACAAUGACCACAGUCGGAUACGGGGACAUGCGACCUGUGGGUGUCUGGGGAAAGCUGGUGGGCUCGUUGUGCGCAAUCGCCGGCGUGCUCACCAUCGCCCUGCCAGUGCCCGUCAUAGUCUCCAACUUCAACUACUUCUACCACCGUGAGACGGACCAGGAGGAGAUGCAGUCUCAGAACUUCAACCACGUCACCAGUUGCCCGUACCUGCCAGGCACUGUGGGAGCCAAGCUGAAGCGAGACUCGGCCAGCGAAUCUGCCUCCGACAUCAUGGAGCUGGAGGAAGGAAUGCUGCUGAGCGUCGAGAACCACCACCAACUUAUGCUGGGCAACUAUCACCAACAGCUCAAGAAGCCCAACUGCAACCCCCUCCAUAACAACAACGUCAAUGCCGUCUCCAUUGAAACCGAUGUUUGAAGUAGUGCUUGGUUGGCAGCUGCGCAAAUGUCCUCCUACAGAGCAGCCUUUAUAUACACCUUCCAGUUACAAAGAACCAUAUUGGUUUUCCUGGCUGGAUAAGUGAUGAAGAUGUUGAACCAAAGGUCUUUCACAAGUUUAUUAUAAAUUAUUCUACGAGUUCAACCAAAGACUAUCGAGCCAGAACCCACGCCAAGAUAUACGAAGGAGCCAAGUUUUUUCGCCCAACUUUAUCACCCAUCGCCAUUUGCAAGAAGGAUAGAGCGGAACUCUGCCGAACGGUUAAACCUUAACAUUUGGAGCACGGCCCAAAUACUCGUUCUCAGAAUACAGUAUUUUCCUUUUUAUUAAAUCAUUAA